AUUGUUGGUUGCAGGAAACGGGCGCUAGAAUUGUCCGCAGGCGAUCGAGGCGGUGAAGUUCCAUCGUCUAUGGCGAGUCGACCUACCCUCUCCUCCGAGAUCUCUGCCUCUUUCUUCUUUGUUUGUUUCUCUGUGGCCCUGAAUUUACCAUGACGCCCUUCGCUUAUUCAACUUCAAUUCGGUAAUAUAUUGGAUGUGAUGCCACCCUUCAAUUCGAAGCCAACUGAUUCUUUCUCCAAUUUUCUCAAGCUCAUGAAAUUCGGUGGAUUUUGUUGCUGUUACACCAUUGAUUCCCCUCGUAAUUCGUUUCGUUGCUCUGUUACUUCACCGGUUCGGGGCUUUAAUUCACCCGCCGUCUUGCUCUUGGAUAUGAAGUUCCGCGGUAGUUGUUUUGUUUCGCCAUGGAAUCUCCCCGGUCUGGUCCUUGAGUCCGUUUUUCUGUGUUUGUAUUAUGAUGCAUAAGCAUGCGUUGGGUGGGUGUAUGCAGCUUUUUAAUCACUGGUAAUUUGGUGGCAACCCAACGUGAUGUUAAUGGGGAAUGAUGAUGAUGCGCGAUGCGUGUUUCCUCUGACCAAUUUGCAAAUCGGAGACUUGCAGUCUUAUCUCUCUGAUCUUAGCCUCUUCUUGGCGCUCGAGAGUAAAAAAAUAUAUAUCUUGGUGGACAAUCGGCCAUGGUUGAGAAAACUUGGUUCACGGUCUGCUCGCUUGUGGCAGCUGAUGGUUACGAAGUCGAGGCUCUCUCCUUUUGCAAACACCAAAGCCCGGAAGGAUAGAAAGAGAGAACGGGUGCCUUAUCAGAGACCCAAAAUUACUAAACCAAAGAAGUUUCUGCGGUGGUCCCCAUUGAUCGAUGCAGUAACAAUUUCUCGAAAGAAACUUCUGCUUCCUGUGCUUCCUAUGAAGAACCUUGGAAAAUCCUUUGUACUGAACAGUGAAUUGCAUAGGACGUUGUAUGGUUUUAUUGUUUUUGAAGUUUCAUGGAACAAUGUCAGAGGGAUAAACUAUUUCAAUGAGCUUCAGACAGAUACAUCUCUGGCCAUAGAGGCUAAAUAUAUGCAACGAUGGGAAUUUGAUUGCAUAUCCCAAGCUGCAGGGUGCAUAUCUGCCUGGUUCUCAGGUUCACUCUCAGAUCAGCUGCUGUUGAAGAAUUAUUUGGACUCGAUCACAGGAGAGAUUUUCUAUGAUGCUGAAGAAGUUUUCCAUGAUGCUGAAGACAAUUACCUCAAUGGCAUUCCCAUUGUUGAGGAUGAGAUUAUCUCCUAUAAAAGCUUAUACAUUAGUAAUGAUUUUCUGGAGUGCACUGAUGAUGAAUUGAACUUACAUUCCACCACUCCAGAAGACAGCAUGAAUACACCACAGACACCUCCUCCUACUGGUCCUAAUAAGAGAAGAAAAGUAACAAAAUCUAUUCGCSCAAGGAAUUUAGAAGAUACCUUCUUGGAAGAGAGAGAAAAUAAAAUUAGGGAUUCACCCAGUGUCUCAGAGAUUUAUGUAGCUGAUUGUCAGGACGUAGUUGAGGCUACACAAUACAAAGAUGUAUUGAUUUUGUUUAGGUUCAAUGACCGCGACCUUCCAUUUAAAUUAAGGCAAAUAAUAAUGUCUGAUCUACGGUUGCUCACUUUGUUAGAAGCUGGUCUGCCAUCUUGGGUCAUUUUCCUUCAAUCUUACCCUGUGUUUUGUCAUGUCUAUCGGCCUUGGAUGUGCCAUUUUGCAAGAGCUUUAUACGUGCUGGUAUCAGUUAUCACUGUUCUCAUAGGAUUCUAUGAUUUAUACAAAAAUGUCCCACUUUUGAAGGCAGCAGCAUCUCAUUUGUGUGGACCCCUUUUUGAUUGGAUAGAGACUUGGGAGAUGGUAUCAAGGAUCAAAUACUUGGGAACAAUGUUAUUCUUACAUAAUUUUGAGAAAGCUAUUAAGUGGUUUCUUACUCUUUCUCGUACCACGCGAUCUUUUCUUUCUAUUAUGGCUCAACCAUUCACAAGUCCUGUCAUUGAACUUUUUGGAUUCCUUCUUCCUGCUGGCAACACUUUUAUUGAAGUUUUCGGUAACUUCUUUUCGGUGAUCUGGGAUGUGAUUGAAUUUUGUUGCAGUCUCGUUGUUGACUUAAUUGAGUUGUUGCUCUUACCAAUAUGGUUCAUUUUCUCAACCGUCUGGAGCUGUGUUACAGUGAUCUUGCUUCCUAUAUUGUGGAUCAUUUCAGAAAUACUAUAUGCUCCGAUCAGAGCUGUCCUAUCAUUAGCUGGUUUCCUGGGUUACGUAUGCACAUGCUUUUAUGAAAUGUUUGGAGAUGUACGGCGUUUUCUCAGUAGUGUUUUUCAAGUUGCUUCUGUUACAGAAGUAACAGUCGUCACUUCCGAGGUUUCAGUUUGGCGUACACUUUGGAAUGAUCUCUUCUCCCAGGUGUUUCGAGCUCUUAGAAGUAUAUUACAUGGAUUUGUUGCCUUCUUCACUGCUUGCAACAGACAUCGGCUCAGCAUCUAUAAUUAUGUACAGGAAUGUUUUCAAAGAUUAUCUGGUCGAGCGAGAGGCUCAGAGCAGGAAGCAAGCAGCAGUAGACACAUAUACAUACCCCAAAAUCUGGCUAGUGUUUAUGGAAAGGUUCUUUUCUAUCUCACUUGCUCAAAUAAGCAAUAAUGACUAUUCCCAUAGUUCUGUCUAGUUUCUUGUAAAUUCUAAAUCAUUGAGCACCCGAGACUUAAUGACUGAAUAUCUGAGGGUUGUUCUAACAACUUUGUUGUGUUCACAGUCUGUGGAAAAGCGAAAAGUUCACGCGGAGUAGAAGUUUGUUGGGUUAAUCAGAUGAUUAGAAAACAUAAGAAAUAUACCAUAUACCCUUGUGCAUAUUUAGUACAUUUUAGUCGAACAUACACUCACAAGCAGCACGUCUUAGCAAUGGAGGGGAAAGUAUAAUUAUACCGUACAAAGUUGCACGACUUGUACAGCUUUAUACCUUUGUUCCUUUAUUUUGCCCCAAUUUUCCUCCAUAAACUUCCCCUCCAAAUUGAGAUGGUUCUAGUUUUCCCUUCUAGAUGACGAACUGUUGUAAAUCACUGGAUGUAAAUAGUAUGUAAAAUUAGUGUACAAAAUACAAAUGUAACAUCCUACCUCAGGUUUUGAUUUGAUUGUAUGACAUUUAGUUAAACUUUGAUAGAUAUUUCUGAUGGAGAUAAGUUCAGAAGUUCCUACA